AUGGUCAACCUCAAGAACAUCACCCUGGCAGUGACCCUCUUUCUGGGAUGCGGUCUUGCUGUCCCUGCCCCAGCUGCUCCAGCCGCUGAACCGGGAGCCAUUAUCCCGGGCAGCUACAUCAUCACCCUCAAACCUGAGAUAGAUGCCAUCAUGGCCAAGACUCAUCUGAAAUGGGUUGAUGGUGUGCACAAGCGAAGCUUGACAAAGCGGGAGGAACUCGGCGUUGAGAAGACUUAUGAUAGCAAGUCUGGCUUCCAAGGUUACGCGGGAACAUUUGACAAGGCGACGAUCAGUGUGAUCAAGAAGAGUCCUGAUGUUCUUGCGAUUGAACCCAAUCGUGUCUGGAAGAUCUCUCGCGUUAACAAAGAUCACAAUCUUGAAAAGAGAGCUGAAGUCACACAGAAAAAGUCUACCUGGGGUCUUGGUACGAUCUCUCACCGAAAGAAGGGCUUCAAGGAGUACAUCUACGACAACUAUGCUGGCACGGACAUGUACGCCUACGUCAUUGACGGUGGAGUCCGUGUCUCUCACAAUGAAUUCGGUGGCCGUGCUAAAGCCGCUUGGACCAACUGGAAGGGUGACAACAAGGAUACUGAUGGUCACGGUACCCAUGUUGCUGGAGUCAUUGCUGGCAAGACGUAUGGUGUCGCUAAGAAGGCGAAUAUCCUUGCUCUCAAGGUCUUCAAGGGUGAAGAGAGUGAUACUUCUAUUGUCCUUGAUGCUUUCAACUGGGCGGUCAACGAUAUUAUUAAGAGAGAUCGCACAUGGAGGGCUGUUAUCAACAUGUCUCUCGGAGGUGAAAAGUCCGCUGCAUUCAACAAGGCUGUUGACAAUGCAUCGAAGAAGGGUGUCGUUACUGUCGUCGCUUCUGGCAAUGAUGCUAGGGACGCAGCCAAGGAGUCGCCAGGAUCUGCAGCUUCCGCUAUCACCGUCGGUGCCAUUGACGAGAACUGGGCUGUCGCUGACUUUUCCAACUGGGGAAAGACAGUCGACAUCAUGGCCCCGGGUGUAGGGAUUCUCUCUUCUGGCUGGAAGUCAGACACGCACACCUUUACAGAGGAUGGAACUUCAAUGGCUGCUCCUCAUGUUGCUGGUUUGGUUCUGUACGCGAUGAGUACCGAGGAGGUUGAGGGUGUUGCAGCCAUUACUCGUUGGUUGAAGGAGGUUGCUACGGCGAAGAAGAUCUCUGGAAAUCUUCACAGCGCACCAAAUCUGAUUGCUAACAAUGGAAAUCGGGUACAGUAG